GUUUCCUUUAAAGUGCGUUACAUCGAUUUAACAAAAUGGCGCCUGUGUAUUAAGAUCAGAUGAUGUGUCUUCUCCAUCUUAGCUGGAACGUUUUAAUUGGCAACGGAAGUACAGGGGUGGGACCAUUACUUGUAUUUUCAUUGGUUACGUUAUGUGACGUCAGGGUUUUGCUGAGUCCAUUUCUCGUUUUAUUUGUUUAAACUGGUGUCAAUCUGGAUGGAAAAAAUGUGUCGAACUGUAAAGCUUGUUGCCGCGAGCAACAUAGCUGAGAUGUAAUCUAGUGCAGCAAUCUGCUGUGUACCCACGUUCUUGAAGAGGAGUUGGUUAGUCAGUCCCGUUCGUUGUUAGGAGAGCUGCUUGCCGAGGGGGAUUGUCAUCACUUUUAAUUAACACGUGUACUUGAUCGAAACUUUUCGAGAAAAUGUUUUCUAGCUUGUUGCACUUUUGAAUAGUGUAAUCACGAGAUAUUACACCCGGUCAUUUCCCAGUUUUGUCUUUACUUCACCAUAUAAUGUCUACGUUAAGCAGAAUCCUUUUAUUAUAACGUUGGCGGCUGAUGCGGUUCAAAGCUAAAGCAUGAUUGAAUGGGCGCCCUUUUUCUUAAACUCUCGUUUUGGGAUAAUUUGCUAAUAGAAGUAACCGUGUCAGGUUAUUAUGUCAACGUUACGUCUGAAGGCCAUAGUUCAACUUACUUUCUGUGUUGUUAACUUAUUGUUAACCUAACUAUUGAAAUAACUAACGUAUGCUUAAGUGAACGUUCGUGCUCAGUGAUGUACCCUAAAUUCAUGUUUCAUGUUAUCCCCAGCCGUGUCCUUUCAACUAUAAGGAAAAUACUUUCUGUGAGGUUAUAUGUUUAAUAAAUAAUGAUAAUCGAACUUGACUUGAUCGCACACUCUUUCCUUUCUCAACCAAACGAAUAUACCAGCCCCGCCUUGUUGAAUGAUUGGUUCAGUAUGGAGGUUGGGCGUCCGCAAGUACUUAAUGUGCAUAUCCCGGUCUAUUGAUUGGCUCAAUGAGACGACAGUCUCACGUCCUGUCCCGCCCUGCAAACUGAUCAAGGUAGUGUGUGAAUUGUGUCUGAGAGGCGGUAUCCUGAAUAGCGCUUUGCAUGUCCAAGUGUUCUUGUAUUUCUUGAUCGAUAAACUGAAGCCGAAAUGGAUAUGAAGAAAAGAAUUCAUUUAGAAUUGCGGAAUCGGACACCAUCUGAUGUCAAGGAGCUUGUUCUCGAUAACUGUCGAUCAAAUGAGGGGAAAAUCGAAGGCCUCACAGAUGACUUUGAAGAACUGGAGUUUUUAAGCACAAUUAAUGUUGGCUUAACAUCAGUUGCAAAUUUGCCUAAAUUAAAUAAACUCAAGAAGCUUGAAUUGAGUGACAACCGAAUCUCAGGGGGCCUGGAAGUUCUGUCAGAAAAAUGUCCAACCCUCACACACCUCAACCUCAGUGGAAACAAAGUGAAAGACCUCAGCACCAUCGGACCUCUGAAAAAGUUGGAAAGCCUGAAGAGCUUAGACCUGUUCAACUGCGAGGUCACCAACCUAAACGACUACCGGGAGAACGUGUUCAAACUCCUACCGCAGCUCACCUUCCUGGACGGAUACGACAAAGAGGACAAGGAGGCCCCUGACUCGGACGCAGAGGCGUACGUGGGACUGGAUGAUGAUGAAGAUGACGAUGAGGAUGAAGGAACGGAGGAGGACUAUGAUGAAGACGCGGCUCCAGGGGAAGAGGAUGAUGAUGACGAGGAGGUAGAAGAGGAGGAGGAUGAUAAGGAAAGCGGUGAAGAAGAGGACGAUGAUUUAAGUGGAGAGGAGGAGGAGGAGGAACUGAAAGAAGGCGAGGAAGGCUUUGAUGAGCGGGGAGAGAAGAGGAAACGGGCCCCUGCGGAUGAAGGCGAAGAUGACGACGAUGAUGAUUCCGACGAUGAUGAAGACUAGACCUGCUCUUUUUAAAUGACUGUUGUGUUUUCUAAGCGGACGUACGAGCUCUUCAUCUGAUGGAGGUGUGUGGGGUGGGGGGGAGGAGUGCAGGUUAGGUCACAGGUGGAUCUCUGUUCUACAGUUGCACAUUUUAGUUAAGUUACAUUUAUUUUAUUUUUCCUGUUUUCCUGUACUGUCACACAGACCACAAGCAUACUUUUGUAAUGGAGGCCAUUCCCUUACUAAAAGUAUUUGUUCUUGCUACUAUGGAUGCUGAAAAUGUGUAAACAGAUGUUUUUACAACGGAGAACAGAAUUGUACCCAGAGCUUUUGAGUGCAUGUCCCGACUAUUUUGAUGACUACUGCUUUUUUGAUAAUCUCACAUACCAGCCUGCCCUUUGUUGUUUUUCCUCCAGUGGUUUGUUAAUUUUACAGAGUAAACUAUUUUACUGUCGUAUGUUGUGUGCAGCCUUGCCCUCUCUCUGGGUGUGAGUGUGUGUGUGUGUGUGUGUGUGUGUGUGUGUGUGUGUGCUGAAGAGCCCUGUAUGUUUCCUCUGAAUGUCUGCCAUUAUCAGAGACCUGCCUCUACCAGUGCUUGAAUAGUCUACAUGUGUGGGGUUUUUGUAAAUAGUGACCAAAACUUUUUCUAUGCUCUUUUGAUAAUGGUAGACAUUUUUUUUUUUUCAUUAUCCAGCUGUAACAUUUUAACUAUAAUAAAAUAUUCAAUUGAAAUGGUGAA